UCUGAAAUAUAUUCGAAUCUUUCAUUUCUAUAACCGAAAUUUUGAUUUUAAAAAAAAUCACCACACAAAAUGAUCAUUAUGAAUAUCUUGUCAACUCGUUCAUUCAUUGGCAUUUUGCUUAUAUCAUCGAUUACAUUAUCGGUGAAUGGAAAAUCUGGAGCUAACCAAUCAUCUGGAAGUGAAGGUGGCAAAAGUAGUGGUGGUAGUAUGAAUGGAAUUCUUGGCGGUAUAGCUGGUUGUUUGGUGGGGGCUAAAAUCGGUUCAUCUAUUGCUGGAUCUAACGGGAAAGGAAGUGGUUUAUUGAGUGAAUUAUCACAAUUAAUUAGCGGGGGAAAAUCUGGUGGAGAUGGUUUAUUGGGCGACUUAACACAAUUGGUUACCGGGGGAGAAUCUGGAGAUGGUUUAUUGGGUGGCUUAUCACAAUUGGUUAGCGCAGGAGGAUCUGGUGGUAAAUCCAAUGGUAAUAGCGAUGGUGGAAAAUCCGGGGGAAAAUCUGGUGGAGAUGGUUUAUUGGGUGGCUUAUCGCAAUUGGUUAGCGGGGGAGGAUCUGGAGAUGGUUUAUUGGGUGGCUUAUCGCAAUUGGUUAGCGGGGGAGAAUCUGGAGAUGGUUUAUUGGGUGGCUUAACACAAUUGGUUAGCGGGGGAGGAUCUGGUGGUAAAUCCAAUGGUAAUAGCGAAGGUGGAAAAUCCGGGGGAAAAUCUGGUGGAGAUGGUUUAUUGGGUGGCUUAACACAAUUGGUUAGCGGGGGAGGAUCUGGUGGAGAUGGUUUAUUGGGUGGCUUAUCGCAAUUGGUUAGCGGGGGAGAAUCUGGUGAAAAUGGUUUAUUGGGUGGCUUAUCACAAUUGCUUAGCGGGGGAGGAUCUGGUGGUAAAUCCAAUGGUGGAAAAUCCGGGGGAGAAUCUGGUGGGAAUGGUUUAUUGGGUGGCUUAUCACAAUUGGUUGGCGAUGAAGAUUGCGAUGAAAGUGAUGGUGGAAAAUCCGGGGGAGAAUCUGGUGGUAAAUCCAAUGAUAAUAGUGAUGGUGAAAAAUCAGGGAAAAAAUCUGGAAAAAAGUCUGGGAGCAAAGAUGAUUAAAGAUUCGAUUCGAAAAGUUCUCAACGCGGGUGGAAAGCAAAUGUUCGACAACGUAAACAACGACAAAAAUCCAGUCAUCAUUGAUCAAUUGGUCGACAAAUUCAAAUUGAUUUAUUCAAAUUCAAAAAAAAAAAUUAAAUUUUAACUGAAUUAUUUUCCGGAUAA